AUGGAGGAAAGGGAAGCUCGAGAGGAUUUGAUAAGCAAAUUACCCGACUCUUUGUUAUCUGAGAUGAUCUCGUAUCUUCCGACGACAAAGGAUAUUGUGAGGACUAGUGUUCUGUCCAAGAGGUGGAAAAGUGUGUGGCUUUUGAUUCCCAGGUUGCACUUGGACUCUUGUGAGUUUCCAAAUUACAAUGCCUUUGUGAGUUUUAUGGACAAGUUCCUAGAUUUCUCUAGAGAACAUAAGUUGGGACUACACAGCCUAAGGCUAAGUCUUCAUAAGGAUGCAAAUGAUCUGUCUUGUGUAACGCGUUGGAAAGACUUCUUGGCUAUUCCUCAGCUUAAGCAUCUUGAUGUCGAGUGUCUUCUUGUGAAUCGUGAGUGUUUUCAAGUGACGUCCCUAAGCCUUUGUGAGAAACUCCUUUACCUAAGACUCCAUCGAGUUCAUCUAGGUAGGUUUGUGGUGGCUGUUUCAUUACCCUGUCUCAAGACUAUGCGUUUAGAAGAUUGUUUCUGUUCCAGUGAGGCGAGUCUAGAGUCGCUUAUCUCAUCUUGCCCUGUUCUUGAAGAUUUGAGCAUUCUCAGAAUAAAUUAUAAUACAACGGUUUUACGUGUGCACUCUCAGACAUUAACCAGCUUCACUAUAUAUAUGGUUGAACUCAAAUAUUUGAGUUUCGUAGGUUAUGCUUAUGCGGGUAAGACCAUAAUCAGUUCUAGUUCCUUAACCAAGGUCAAUAUUCUUGGCGAUUUUCAAGUGAAGGAUGAUGAAGUAGCCCGUAACUUUUUCACCAGUAUCUCGAUCGCUAGGGAUAUGAAGAUCUCUGUCAAGGGCUUUCUGUUUUAA